GCCUGGUUGAUGGAAACAUUUGCGUGGAGGCUCCACCUUUCCGAGCUGUGCAGUGACCUCACCAGUGGGCUGGCUUGGAAAGGGUGGGAUUUCCAGGUUUUCGGUCUCAGGGCUGCUCCUGUCUGCAAGGAUCUCUGCAGCUUCAGCGCUAGCAAACACUGGACUGAUUGUACCUGUAACACCAGAAAGGCGACACUGGAUAUUUUUUCCCCCUGCAUGCUAUUGCACCCGGGAUAAACAAUUAAGGAAUGUGGAAAUUACAGAAUGCCCAACAGCGCUGGAAAGAGAUUUAAACCCACCAAAUACAUCCCGGUGUCCACAGCAGCCGUGCUUCUUGUGGGAUCGAGCACUUUAUUUCUCGUUUUCACGUGCCCCUGGUUGACUAAGGUGAUCUCCCCGAUAGUGCCUCUCUACAAUGGCCUCGUCUUCCUGUUCGUCUUGGCCAACUUCAGCAUGGCAACCUUCAUGGACCCUGGUGUAUACCCUAGAGCGGACGAGGAUGAAGACAAAGACGAUGACUUCCGAGCACCUCUCUACAAGAAUGUGGAGAUCAAGGGGAUUCAGGUUCGGAUGAAGUGGUGUGCCACCUGUCACUUCUACAGGCCGCCUCGCUGCUCACACUGCAGUGUCUGUGACAACUGUGUUGAGGACUUUGACCAUCACUGUCCAUGGGUCAACAACUGCAUUGGACGGAGGAACUACCGCUACUUCUUCCUCUUCCUGCUGUCUCUGAGCAUCCACAUGUUGGGAGUUUUCACCUUCAGCCUCAUCUUUGUGCUCCACCAUCGGGAGAGACUGGGGGCGUUGCACACCACCAUCACAUUGGUGGUGAUGUGCAUCGCUGGACUUUUCUUUAUUCCCGUCAUGGGUCUCACGGGCUUCCACAUGGUGCUUGUGGGUAGAGGUCGAACUACAAAUGAACAAGUAACGGGCAAGUUUCGUGGAGGAGUAAAUCCCUUCACGAAAGGUUGCUGUGGCAACGUGGAGUACGUCUUGUGUAGUCCUCUGGGGCCAAGGUACAUAGUGGACCCACGGAAGAAGCCCCACAUCAAAAUUCAACCCCCGUUUAUCAGACCAGAACUUUCAGACAGGCAAAUCACCAUCAAGGUCAAUGACAACGGCAUCCAAGGCACUGUUAUCAGCUCCAAGUCCAAAAGAAGCCUUGAUGGCCUGGAUGACAAUGAAACCCAGCCACCAUUGCCACCGAAAGCUGACCGUUAUAACCAGCUGAAAAACCAUUUGACGUCCAGUGAGGAAAGCUCUUUGUCUGGUAAGACCCACCCCUCCACUCCGGCCAUGUACAAAUUCAGACCCUCCUUUGGCACCAUGCCCAAAGUCCACUAUCAUACUGCAGGCGAUAAGAUUGUCAUCCCCGAUGACCAAAAUUCCUCCACCAUUUUGGAAGAGGGUGUUCGCGGUCACGACUACCGAUCUGAGCCAAACUUAGAUCUGCCAGAGUACACUAAUGCUCCUCUUCAUCGCACUUUUAAAUCCUCCCCUUUCCAGCUGGACUCCGACCCGGCCAAUUCUCGGACUCUUAGCCCGAAACAGGCUCGCCUACGUUCAGAGAAGGGUCAGCUCGUCGGUCUACAGCCCCAGAAGGUCACCUCCACCCCCUAUAAGAAUGUCUUCUCUCCCAACACGCUCUCCAACCGUAACGGAAGCCUAUCCUAUGACAGCCUGCUGAACCCCAGUACCACCCCACCCACUGCUAGUGAGCGUUUGGCCCACCGUGGGAUGCCUCCAGUGGGGUUCCAGUCACCCUACCUGCCCACCAAAAUGUGCCACAUGCGGGAACCUGAGAUGCAGAGACAACAGGUUGCCGCCACAUUCAGUCCAGUCAUGUCAUCGAGGGGCAUGGGGCGUCAAUCUCCUCAUCUACGGGACAGGGACCAAUCCCCGGUGCGGUACGACAACCUUUCCCAAACAAUCAUGGCGUCCAUCCAAGAGCGGAAGGAGAUUGAGGCGAGAGAGAAGCGAUACAUGCUACACGGGCAUUCCCAGACGCACAUCUAUGCCCAGGAAUCUGGUGUGUUUGAAAGUUCAGGGGGAUAUGGCCUUCCACCCAACCCCUGCUACCCAGACGGACCUCGCUGCGCCAGCUCCAGAGGCCCAACACCUCCGACCUAUGGAGGGUCCAGGGACAACCUGAUGGGUGUCGGGCUGAGCCAGAAAACCCCUGUAUUGUGCCAGGCCGGCGCUACUAUGGGCAGGGCACCUAGGACUUCAUCCAGCUCUUUACAUACAGAUCACAUUAGCACCAACAACAACCAUGGAAGGGUCUCAGGCCACGAGGGGCUUUAUCGCUCUCCUGGCCACCAUCCUCACUCCCCUGCUGUGCCCCGAUCGCCCUCCUACUCCCACCACAAACUGUCAUACAUGACUGUCCAGGAGAGGAUGGACUCACCUCGUCUAGGGGGGGCAAGAGAGGCCAUGAAAGUUAAUGGCCAGAUUGCCAUGGAUUGCCACCCGAGUGCCAAGGGUGUCACAACUAGUCCCAGUCGCCAUGGUAAUGUGAAAAGGGUGACUGGGGUGGGAGGCACCACCUAUGAGAUUUCAGUGUGAGCAAGGAUGCCGAAUUUACCUUCAGUGGAGAAACAGCAUUUAUUUUUGUUUUGUGAACUGGACAAUCCAGAAGCAGGAACUUGGUUUUAUUAUUGUCCAAUGACAGGAUCAGUGUGCUUCUAAGUGGUUCUCUUGAGCCUAAUUGUGUGAGUCCAAAUAUCAACUGCUCCUCUGUAUUGAUAAGGGGUGUUUUACUUUGUUGGGGGGGGGGUCCAUAUCUUGAUCGUUUAAUUGGACCAAGAAAAUUAUCUUUGCUAUAAUCAAUCAUGUAACCUGGUCCAAAUAUUCUGUACUUUUAAGCUCCAGUAUUACAGAUGAAAUAAAAUGCCACUGAAGGUGUGUGUGUGUAUGGGGGGGGGGGGGGGGUGGAAAUAGAUCCUGACAUACUCAGCCUGAGAAUAAUACUUUCCCUUGUGUGAGAACCUCCCCACUUGCAGAAUUCAACAUAUUCAGGUGCUUAAAAGAGUGGGCCCCUUAAAGGAAACCUGCUGACUGAAACCUAGGUAUGGAUGCAACCCACAUUGGUUUGAUUUGAUGGAGUGUCUUUAAGUUUUCUGCUCACCUUGCACUGGACUUAGAAAGGCUUCUUCUGGAACAUUAGAUUAACUCACACUAGAAUUCAAAACCCAACAUUACACAGCCAAGUGGAAUUGUUUUAGUAUUUGUCUUUAAUGUUUAUAAUAGUAAUACUUCAGUGAUAAAGGAUUGUAAAUAAAAUAUCAUCCAUUCCUUUUUUUGGUCAGUUGCUUUUGCGUAACAAAUUUAACUUUUGAACAAUGUUUUCAUUUUGUAGACUGGAUGCCCGACUUUACGGUCAUUUUUUGUGUGAUAAAUUAUACAAUACAGCCAGAAGGGCUCAUGGAGGAACUAACUUCCAUCAAUGUCGAUGUAAAACUUUUUUUUGCUAUGCAGGUGUAUCUCAAUGGUUCUUCAGCACAAGAUUAUAAAGCAGUAAUGUAACAUGGUUUUGAAAAAUGUAUUAAGUGAAUAGAACAAAAAAAACAGUUGGCUGUUGCGUAGCCAGUCCAUAUUGGAUUAGCAUGGCAUCAAUGAUGCAUUUCCUGAGAUUUGCAGAGCUGUUCAAUUAACUUUUCUUUCAAGAGUUGUUCCCCACACUCCCCUCACGAAACAUUUAGACCAGUCAUGUUCUGUCCUUAUAUAAUAGCUGUUUGGUACAGAAAAGCACUGAAUAUAAAUAUAUGUUUGAUUUGGGCUCUCUGAAUUUGAAAUAUACCAGAGAUGUAACACCAACAUUUGGUUUGUCACUCAUCCAUUGUUGCCUUGACGUAAUCUAAGGUCCACACCAGGUAUGUAGUGGUACCACAUAGAAUAUGGCGUGAAGCAACUCAACUGUAAAUUAGUUUUUUUAUCUGGUGGUUUGGUAAGAGGGGUGUUAUAAGUUUAUCUAGAGUGGUAAUGUUAAACAAAAAUAACCAGUUUGACCACAAACACUGCUGGUGUCAUCCUUAAUACUGCCAGCGGUGCAACUGUAUUUUGGCAAAUGGGUUUUACAAGAUUCCAAAAUGUUGCUGCCAGUUUAUGAUCCUACUCCAACAACCCCGAGCUCAAUUUCUUUUCAAACAGUUGGAGAGUUCAUUGUAUUAAAUUAAAGACUAUAAUAUGUUAUUUUUGUAAAUAAACAUUUCCUUUAAACCUGAGCAAUCAAUAAAGUGUAAUUUCAGCAAAUUUUGUGAUUUUUUUUCCAAGCAAUACUAACAAAGGCAGUGGGGAAAAAGUCAAUGUGGUUAAAAACAAGUAAAAAUCAAAUUGUACUGUUUGCAAGAAUGCUUAUAUGAAUGCAAGGUUGGUUGACAGUGUUUUAUUCAAAAGUGGAGGAAACAUUUCCAAUCAUUGAGUGCAAAUGAGACGCAACAUUUCAUCCAUGUACAAGUAUUUACAGAUGCACUGGCACUUGGAUGCAUUUUUGAGGUUCAGAAAUGUUGGUUGGUGAGAAGAAUUGGAGCUGAGCAAGAUGGCCAGGGGCAGAUUUUACAUGUUUAGUCAGGGAAUGUUACAGAGAGAGUUCCUGGUCAGGAACUUAAUUUUUUGUGGAGGUAUACCAAACUGAAAAACUGUUGUCUUUGGACUUAAAAACUUUCAGAUGUUUAAAAAAAAUCAAAAAUUAAAUCAGCUAAGUGCAUCUGAUAGUCCUAAAUUGUAGUGGGGCCCUCCACUUAUUGCCGCCACACAGAUGUGAUGAGAAUGGACCUGGCAAGAACUAAUUCUACAAGUCUCCAGAGAGAAGUCACAGAUUUACUUGAAGCCCGGGAACAGCAGACUCAUGGCCAGGGCAAGAAGGCCCUCUGAAUUGCAUCAUCAUGACGUACUAGAAUAUGCAAUUUCCAUGACACUAGGUCCCUCACCCUGUGCUGUUAAACAAGCAGGCCACAUUACCAUCUCCCAACAAAAAAAAAAAAAAAAAAAAAAAAAAAAAAAAAAUAAACAACACCCCAAUGUGGGAAUUAUUUCUAUCACAAGCCUCUUCACAGUUUGUCACAACAUUUAAGUGUUGACCAUAAUUGGAAAGUAUUGCAAUCCACUGGUGUUUUGAAACAAUAGGGGAAGAAGGGGGUGGGGGCUUCAUUUUCAUAACUUCACUACUUUGUUUGGUUCUCAAAGUGGUAUCAAGGACUUGUGAGGCAAAACAAAUUAAAAAAAAAAAAAAAAAAGGAAAAAAAAAAAACC